AUGUUUAUCAACGAUAUCUUCGCCGCCGCUGUUCUUGCAGCCUCUGCCGUAACAGCAGUACCCUCCUUCAUUCCCAAACUGAAACAUCAAGAUACUGUCAAGCUUUGCGAACAUUUUAAUUGGUCUUCAUGCGGUGAGGUCGCUUACAGACCCGAUGUCUGUGUGGACCAAAUUGGUAUCUUUCAGGAUGCUGUUUCCUCUCUCGAUACCCGUAAAAAACAAUGCCAGUUCUUCGUUGACAACUACUGCAAUUCUGCCUCUGGAUUUUUCAAUUGGAAUGGCGAUAUUCAGAAUAUCAAGGAUCACCCCGACCUGAGUCAAUACGAAAAUGCAAUCUCCUCUUUCAGAUGCGCAGCGUGA